UACACUUUCACAACUAAAUUCUUUCACCAUCUUUUUUCAUCCUAAACCUCUUCAACUGCAUUUUGUUUUUUUUACUAAGUGACAAGUAUUAAUGGAGGACAUGCUCGGAAGACCUCGGACUUCCGGUUUUUCGAUUUCGGUUUCGGUUCUGAUCAAGUACAUGCUCCGUGAGCAGCGGCUGUUAUUUGUUUUGAUUGGGUUCGCCGUUCCGGCUCUGGUUUUUAAUGUCUUCCAUGUCUCCACAUCGUCGCGUAUUAAACAUGUUUCGGUUGCUGAGUCGUGGCAAUCCACCGAACUGUCUCGUAUCCCUCGUCGCAUUGCGUAUGAGCUCCCUGAAGUCAUGAACCGAGCCGGAAAAGUUCCAUUGGGAUUGAAGAGGAAGCGGUUACGCGUUGUGGUGACAGGAGGGGCAGGUUUCGUGGGGAGUCAUUUGGUGGAUCGAUUGCUGGAACGAGGGGACAGUGUGAUAGUGGUGGAUAAUUUUUUUACAGGUCGAAAAGAGAACCUGUUGCAUCAGUUGAAGAACCCGAGGUUUGAGCUCAUACGCCAUGAUGUCGUUGAGCCUAUUUUGUUGGAGGUUGAUCAGAUUUACCAUUUGGCUUGUCCUGCCUCUCCUGUGCAUUACAAGUUCAAUCCUGUCAAGACUAUUAAGACGAAUGUGGUGGGAACACUGAACAUGCUGGGACUUGCGAAGAGGGUUGGUGCACGCUUCUUGCUAACGAGCACCAGUGAGGUGUAUGGUGAUCCUCUUCAACACCCUCAAGUUGAGACUUACUGGGGCAAUGUCAACCCCAUUGGUGUUCGGAGCUGCUAUGAUGAGGGCAAGCGAGUAGCUGAGACAUUAACUAUGGACUACCACAGGGGACUCAACAUUGAGGUCAGGAUUGCUCGGAUUUUCAAUACUUAUGGACCUCGUAUGUGCCUCGAUGAUGGACGUGUUGUUAGCAAUUUUGUUGCUCAGGCCUUAAGAAAGGAGCCAUUGACUGUUUAUGGGGAUGGGAAGCAAACUAGGAGUUUCCAGUUUGUUUCAGAUUUGGUGGAGGGUUUAAUGCGAUUGAUGGAAGGCGAUCAUGUCGGUCCUUUUAAUCUUGGUAACCCUGGAGAAUUCACCAUGCUUGAACUUGCUCAGGUGGUCCAAGACACAAUUGAUCGUAAUGCAAAGAUAGAAUACAGGCCGAACACAGAAGAUGACCCUCACAUGAGAAAACCAGACAUAUCAAAAGCUAAGAAGCUUCUUGGGUGGGAGCCAAUGGUGUCCCUUCGCGAUGGACUUCCUCAGAUGGUAAGUGACUUCAGGCAACGCUUGUUUGGCGAUGAGAAGGAAGCUAUUUGAGGCACAACUCUGUAAUCAGCUUGAUCCCCCAGUUCUCAGAUAGACCUCCCUUAGUAAUCCUUUCUCCUAUAAAAGAAGUAGAAAUAUUAUGAGCAACGUAGAGGAAUAAUAUGAACUUAACACAGUAGUUUCAUUUCAUAAUAAUGCUGGUGCAGUACAAGAAGAAAAGAAAAGGAUCAACAAAAAAUAGUACUGGUAUUUAUGAAAUCUCUGUGAUGGUAGAAAUGCCAUCCAACUACUGCAUUUGUACAUUAGAUUCAUGAUUUUGUUAUUUUUGUAAUGCUUAUUUCGGUUUAAAUGUAAGCCAAGAGCAUCUGCAAAGCACAUUCCCGGUUUAGGUUCCCUGAAAUAUACUA